UACUGUGGCCUUAUCAUCUUCUGCCUCGUAAUCUCAAUAACUGUGGUACUCUCAUAUGGCGAUUGUGGGUGCGGCUCCAAAUGCGCUAAUUAUACAGGCCCUUCUAAAUGUACUCGAUGCUGUACUGCAAUCGUGAAACGAAGUCUCGACUCAUUUCCUCGACGUGCUCAUCGAUUUCUCUUACCGACAUCUGAUGACCAGAUUCGUAAGCUGAUUUGGGCGACAAACACUAGGGGAAUCAGCUUGCCAUUGAUUAUCGUACCCACGAUCUGCAGAAUAUGA